AUGGAGGCCAACAUUACCCGGUGGCAUGAAGUUCGAGACGAAAAGCUCCGGGAUUAUCGAGCAGGUCUCGAGGCUGAGCAGCGAGCAGCUGCGCUAGAAGCUUUUCAAAGGGCGAUGGAUGAGAUUUCGUCGGCAUCAUCGGAAGAGGACGACACAGUGUUGUUGCAGUAUUCAGCUUCCUUACGAUCCCCACGAAAAGAAUCAUGGUCGCGGCACGAAUACUAUCCAAGCUACAAUUCAGCGUCGGGCGAAAUGGAUGAACAUCGCGAGUCUGCUAGCGAGCCACAACAAGAUAGUCCCGCAACUGAAGAACCAGGUGCAACCGGUCCAUCUACAGAUACUGCCGAUCAGCUGCGAGAGUAUUAUCGGGGUCUCAGUGCUCGACGUUCAGUCAAGAGAGCACGAUUUGCUUCGAGCGCUCCUUCCGAUCAAAUGGUUCAACAAAGUCCUGAACGAAAGCCUAGCAACGAACACGCGGAUGCAACACCAGCUGCAGACACUAUUACCACUGCAUCCGAGACAACCUGGUGGGUCGAGGAGGAAGAAGCUGAAAAGUGGAAACGUUCUUCAGAAAACGAUGUCACCAACGUUGAAGGCAGUGUGUCCGAAGCUUGUUCCUUGGUACAUGGUCAUAAUUCACUCGCUUCGCAACUAAAUAAUCGCUCCACAGCACCGUCGCCACCAAAAGAGGAUCUGACCCUACCGUUACCUUCAAAAUCCCCAAUCAAGUCUACAGCAAGGAGCUCCCCAGUGCGGAAAUCCAAAUAG